AUGUCAGCGGUGGACCUGAAUGACGGAGACACGACCGAGAGCUUUGUGGAUCUAUCGGAGAGUGAUGAAACCGUACAAGAAAAGGAGCAGCUGCUGCAGGAAUGUCAAACAGAGCAAGUCCAAAUGCAGUCUGAACAGGAACCCGACCCAUCUCAGGAUAUCACAUGUGACUACGAAACAGAAGGGUCACAGAGGAAUGAAGGACUGGCAUACAGAGAAGAAAAGCAAUCGCAAGAACCCAAGGAGCCAGGCAAGGACACUGGUUAUCGGGAGACUCCAGAAACCAUCACCAAAGACGGACAGAUAAACUCUCCAGAAGAUGACUACUCGAAUACAGUUCCCUAUACACCAGGUGAGAUGUUGGGACCACAAGAAGAUGCUGAAUAUGACAACGGGAUGCUUGGAGAAGCAAACCAGGAAACCCAAACAGAAGGUGAUGGUUAUGGAAGUCCACAAGAGACACCAAGUGGGGGAUCCCAAGAUGAAGCUGUGGAAGAACACAAUGCAACUCUCUCCAAUAAACCAGAACCUCACGUCAGUCAAGAUGACAAAGGGGGAUCCAUGGCAUCUAAAAAGUUUAAAGAAGGAAACUUCCAAGAGACUACGUCCCAGAUGGAAAGUGCAGCUGUCCACACAGAAGAAGCCAUGGGGGAUUUGCAAGAAGUUAAAGCAAAGAAAGAACUACAUGACAAUCAAACCGAUAAAGGGAUAGAUGAAGAAUCUCUGGACAGAAAAGGCACAUCUCCUGAUGAUCAUUUGGAAGAACAGAAGAUGACCGAGCAUGAAAGAGACCAGGAGCAGACUGGGAGAACCAGGGACAACAUGUCUGACUGCACGUGUGAGGAACAGCCAGUGGAACCACUGCAGCUGAAAACUGAGGGCAGUGACUGGUCGCAAUCUCUGUGGACGUCAAAGGUUAAUGGUGUGGUCACUUUGAGAAUGGAGAAAGCUGGACCAGCAGCUAUGUCUCCAGUCACAGUGCCACAGUUCUUCUCGGACAUGGUCAAGAAGCAUGGACAGAAGGUGGCACUAUAUGCCAGGAUGGCCAAUGAGUGGAAGGGGGUGACUUAUUCUCAAUAUGAGCAGCAAAGCCGAACCAUGGCCAAAGCUUUUCUGAAGUUGGGCUUGGAGCGGUUUCAUGCAGUUCUGAUCCUUGGGUCUAACUCUCCGGAGUGGUUUAUGGCAGACAUUGCCGCGAUACUGGCUGGGGGUUUGGCCGUUGGCAUUGAUCCAUUAUCCAAUGCGUCAUUUUGCCUUAAGGUGGCGCUGGAUUCCCAGGCUCAGAUAGUGCUUGUAGAUGACCACAACCAACUGGAGAAGAUCCUGAAGAUAAAAGACAAGCUGCGAAAACUGAAGGCAAUCGUGCAAUGGCGAGGACCAGUGAUGGAGCCGAGCCCUGGAGUGUCCACCUGGAACCAGUUACUAGAUCUGGGCUCGGAGGUGGACGAGUCGUCUCUUGAUGACAUUAUGGCCGACCAGAAGCCAAACCAGUGCUGUGCAGUGAUGUAUUCCACAGAUGAAGCUGGAGAGCCGAGAGGAGCCAUGAUGAGCCACGAUAAUGUGACCUGGACAUCUAGGGCCCUGCAGGAGACGCUGGGAUUGGGUUCGGAGGAGGUUGUCGUCAGUUACCUGCCCCUCAGCAGCAUGUCCGUGCAGCUCUUCGACCUGUGGCUCAUUCUGUCCUGUGGAGGCUCCACGUUCUUCACAGAGCCUGCGGCGUGGAAGAGGUCUCUGGUGUCUACUCUGUGUGAUGUCCGACCCACCCUCUUCCUGGGAUUUCCUGGACUCUGGGAGAAGGUGAAGAAGAGGUGGAUGCUGGUGGAGAAGAAGGCAUCAGUGUUGCAGAAGAUGACCAUUAGCUGGGCCAGAAAGAAAGGUCUUGAGUCCUACACAAGUUCUGGCUUGCUGCCCUGGGGCCACAGUCUUGCUGAGCAUGUGAUCUUCACGCCGGCCCGGAUGGCUCUGGGGCUGGAUCGCUGUGCUCUCUGUUAUGUGGGAACGGAGCCCAUCAGUCAGAACGUGGCAGAAUACUUUAGGAGCCUGGGGAUUGAUGUGCUGGAGUUAUAUGGCAAGGAGGAGACCAGUGGGCUGCAAAGCCUUAUGCUGCCAUCAAGUCGGAGGACAGGGAGAGUUGAACUUGCUGGAUGUAAAAGCAGAGAGUACAAGGAAGGGCUCAGCCUGUGGGGCCGGAAUGUCUUUCUGGGUUACCUUGGCAUGGAGCAGAUGACGAGCGAAGCCUUCACAGAGGAUGGCUGGUUUAUCACAGGCAGGCCCCAGCCUCUGAAGGUUAGAAAUGAGGACCCUGAAGAUCUGUAUCUGGAGCUCUGACCUGGAAGAUGCUGCCACUGGGAUCAGGAACUCUCAAUAAAUGUUUUUCAUGGAU